CACCCCAAAAACUGUAAACAUUAAAAACAACAAAAAAAAAUCUUGCAAAAGUAAAACAAAAAUAAAUUUUCCAUCAAAAAUGGAUGCGCGAAUCAUCGAGACCUGCUUGAUCUGCGGCGAAUAUAUGGGCCCAUUCAAAAACGACCUGAACGUCUGCACAGGAUUCUCAGAGAAGCCAAUCUACGUCUUGUUUGAGUCAUGCAUGAGUAUUAAAUUGCCAAAUGACUUAAUCGAGUCAGCUGGAGUUUGCCAAAAUUGUUUUAUCAAGUUCAAUGAGAUUGACGAGCAUCAAGCAAUUGUUGAUAAAAUUCAGCAUGACCUGCUUACGCUGUUCAACACUACACAAACCAAUUCACAAGAUACAAAAGUGGACAUUAAAGUUAUUGAGGAGGAAAUCGAAGUUGCUGAAGUAUAUAUUAACAAUGAAGACAUCAUGUCAGAUGAAGAAUAUUUUGUCAAUGACAUUAAGCCACAGAAAGGAAUUGUAGAUACUGAUGAAAACAGGAAAAGACGAGGACCAAGGAAGAAAAGGAACCUUGAUGAAGGCUUGAUUACAGUUGAAGUUGAUGGAUUUAAAUUUUAUCAGUGUGAAGUAUGCCGUAAAGUAUUUAAGGAUAGAUAUAAGCUCAAAAUUCACAAAGAGACACACAAUAUUGAUAGGAACAUUUGCUGUAAUGAAUGUGGUGCAAUGUUCAAAACCCUCAGCUGUCUUUAUUCUCAUAAGAAAAUUCACAAAGACAGGAUCUAUCACCAAUGUGACAUGUGCGAGAUGCGAUACAUUCAAAAGACACAGCUUAGAAAGCAUAUGGAUGCAAUUCAUCUGAAAAGGAAAGACUACAUUUGUACUAUUUGUGGCAAGAGCUACUCCCGUGACACAACUCUAAGUAAACACAUGUUUGUCCAUAAAUCAGAAAAGGACGUAGUCUGCUCAAUUUGUGGAUUUAGAACGCACACAAAACCUAAAUUAGAUCGACAUAUGAAAUCACACACAGGAGAACGCAACUAUGCAUGUGAGAUUUGUGGCAAAAGAUUCCUUUAUAGUUACAAUGUAAUUGCACAUGUCAAGUAUGUCCACAAUCGAGAGAAAAGGCCUUUUGAUGAGUCAAAGCUAAUUUGUCAGUUUUGUGGAAAGAAGUUCCAGAAGCAGUGGAAGAAAAAGGAACAUAUGAUUGAGGUACACAAUGUGAUUGAAGCUAUUGAGGGAGAGGACUUGAUUAUUGAGAAUAUGGAAGAUACUAUAGUUAAGGAAGAGAGUUCAGCUAACAUUAUAGUGAAAAUACAAUAAUUGAGAGAAUGAAAAAUAAAAUUAGACA